GUCAGAUGCGUGACGUGGAGCGGACUGCAGCAGCACAGGCAGCUGCACUGACACAACACGCCCAUGACCACAGCUUGUGUCCCGCAGAAACUCUGAGGAAGAGAAGGACAGAGCAAUAAUGGAAUCGCCGUCUUCCCCGCUGGACCCAGAUCUAAUUCGAGAGGUUCUGGAGUGUCCCAUUUGCCUGGAGACCUACAACCAGGAACAAAUGAGGCCCAAACUCCUGCAGUGUGGUCACACAGUGUGCCGGCAGUGUCUCGAGAAGCUGUUGGCUAACACCAUCAAUGGUGUUCGCUGCCCCUUCUGUAGCAAGGUCUCCCGUAUGAGCAGCAUUUCCCAGCUGGCUGAUAAUCUUACUGUGCUGAAGAUCCUUGAUUGCACUUUGUCAUGUAGUGCUGCAGCUGCUGCCCUCAUGUGCAAGUCCUGCUGCAGCCGUCUACCACGUCAGUACUGCCACGAGUGCACCACUGUCCUCUGUGAGCUCUGUAAAGGAGAGGGCCACCUGGAUCAAGGUCAUCAAGUGCAACCGAUAAGGGUGGCUGCUGAACAGCGGCGUAAAGAACUGGGUGGCAAGUUGAAGGCUCUGCGGAACGUUAUGGGUGAAAUUCAGAAGAAAAAGACAGCCAUCGAAAGCAUUUCCAAGGCCUUGAGACUUAAAUACCGCGCAGUGCAGCAGGACUAUACUACAGCUGAGCUACGUCUUCAAGAGGAACUGAGCAGGUCUCGAAGGACAUUCACAACUUCAUUGGCAGAAGUGGAGAAACUCAAUGGGCAUGUUCUUGAGGAGCAGACGUAUUUUCUCAACAUUGCAGAGGUAAAGGUGGUGUCACGCUGUGAUUAUCUGACAAUACGGGUGAGGCAGAGUGAUAUCGCUCUGUUAAAGGACGAUGGUGGGGGGAGUGAUGAUGAGGAGCUUGAUCUGAGGAGCAACUUGCCCGCCAUGUUUCAGCUGCAGGAGCCGGAGCUGGCCCGAGCAGAGCACACACAGCCGUUAGAGGUGGGCCAGAUAACUACAAACACUUACACUGUCAACACAGAUGAUGAGGAGAGUGGGUUGGAGAUCGCACUUGAAGGUGAUCUAGAGGGACUAGGUGGGGCAGCUGGGGGUACCAGUGGUGCAAUGGGAGCUCGUGUGGAUCUUUACAGAGACGUCGAUAUGGUUGGAGCUAUAGAGGAGGCGGUAUGCGGUUCACCAGCCAGCUUUAAGUCAAAGUCCAUGGAUGCAGGUGGGGGAUCACCUGGAGGAGCCGGGGCCAGUGCAGGGCCCCUAGUCUGCCAGUUUGUGAAGAAGAUGGGCUGCAAGGGAACGCUGCCUGGUAUGUUCAAUUUACCUGUCGGCAUCUGCGUAACACCACAAGGUGAGGUGCUGGUGGCCGAUCGUGGCAACUUUCGUAUCCAGAUAUUUAAUCGCAAAGGUUUCCAGCGUGAAAUCCGCCGCAAUGGCAGUAGCAUCGAUAACUUUGUCCUGAGCUUCCUUGGUGCAGACUUGCCUAACCUCAUCCCCUUAUCCAUUGCUGUCACCGCUCAAGGUCUGAUCGGGAUCACGGACAACUACGAUAACUCAGUCAAAGUCUACACUAUGGAAGGACACUGUGUGGCUUGCCACAAGAACCAGCUGAUUAAACCUUGGGGCAUUGCUGCCAUGCCAUCCGGCCAGUUUGUGGUGUCAGAUGUGGAAGGUGGCAAGCUGUGGUGUCUGGCAGUGGACCGCAAUGUGGGUGUGGUCAGCUACAACCGAUUAUGCUCCGCCGUGCGGCCAAAGUUUGUGACAUGUGACGCAGCUGGGAAAGUCUAUUUCACGCAGGGCCUGGCACUGAACUUUGAAAAACGCCACAAUGAGCCCCAUCUGGAGGGGGGCUUCUCAAUUGGGUCAGUGGGGUCUGACGGCCAGCUGGGCAAGCAGCUCAGCCAUUUCUUCUCUGAAGCAGAGGACUUCCGCUGCAUCACUGGAAUGUGUGUGGAUGCCAAUGGGGAUUUGCUGGUAACAGACAGUGGCAGGAAAGAAAUCCUCCAGUUUCCCAAAGAGGGUGGAUUCAAAAUUCUCAUCCCUGACGGGCUGACCUGCCCUGUGGGAGUGGCCACCACCCAGAAAGGACAGCUGCUGGUGCUGGACUGCUGGGACCACUGUGUCAAAGUCUACUCCUACAUUCAGAGGAGGCACUCUUCCAUUUCUUAGAGGAACCAUCCAGUCAAACUGCCCCUAAGCACGAUUGGUCUAGUAGUUAUGUGUUGGAAAAGGAAAAGAAACACACUAUUAUCUGUCACUUUAGUUUGGCUGCGGUAAAAACAAUUGUUUUUUGGAUUAUUAAUGUAAAUGAAUGUUUUGUUCUGUUUAAAGAAAACUGGUUUUAAUUUAAUACCUCAAAUUGAAAAUCAGCUACUUUAACUGCCCCUGCCCGGGUAUGUGAAUGGAUUACAACACUAAAAACAGACCUUGCAAUCAUUUAAUGUGGAAGAAUACUGGCACAAGUGGUCUCAUUAAAAUAAGCGAAACGAGCCAUUGAUGUCGAAGCUAUUGCAGACUCAAAGUAAAGAUUAUUCCCCCCCCCCCCUUUCUUAUUUGCUUCUAUAUCCACCGAUUCAGCCCGACACUGUGAUGGGCCGGGGAAGAGCUGGAAACGAACAUGUAUUUACAUAUGAAAUAAAGCAAACCGAGGCGCUUGGCCUGUGAAGCACUUUAUUGUCGACACGUCACUGUUUCCUAGUGUAAGGUUUUUAGUAGCACAGACUCACAUUGAUGUUGACGAAUGCGGCUGGCAGCUUUAAAGUCGACUGCAGUUAGCUCAUGGCAAAACGGUACCCCGAGUAUCAGCGUCCAUUGCAUUCAUUAAAGUUCAGGGAGCAUUAAGUGUAGAAUAUUAGGUUGCCCACAGGAACAUGUGUUGAACUAUAAACUAACAAAAUGUCCUGUGGAGGGAAGCUGGGUAAUAUUAGGCAAUAUUAAAAUGUAAUUUACAGGAGUCCUGAGGGUUCUAUAACCAUCAUCUGGUAAAUUAGUCUCUUUUUUUUUUUUAGGUUUGCAGACUCAAUGCAAUCUUCAGAAGGGACACCUAUGUUUAGUUUGCUCAUUGAAUUAUUUAAAUUUUUUCUAGUACUUAUUUAUAUUAUCUAGAUCAUUUCCAAUUAUCUGGAGUUCAGUGCAUGUCUAAAAUCAACCAAAGAGGCAAGCUGAAGUAACAUUUGCAGAUCAAAUUCUAUUUCCGUCGUACAUCUCACCUAAGUUUCUGUGUGUACUUCACAUUUAAGUUAGUAUUCUGGGAAUGAUCGUGUAUACUUAUACUUCUCUUCGCACUUUUUAAGUCAGUGUCUAGAUGGUUGCUUCAGCUGUCAUUAAUUACAGUAACACAGUUCUUUGGUCCCUGGUGACACUGGUAAAUUACGAGGCCGUUAAAUAUGCAAGACAGCGUCCCUUGGCUCUGUUUGUCCUUUUCCACAUGGUCUCUGCUGCAUUAUAAAGUCGUCCUCACAUAACUUACAUUGCUAUGCCACUACAACCAGCACUAAAAACACUAUGACCCAGACCACAUUAAGCAUAAGGGUACAUGCAAGGCACCACAACUUGAAAAACGUUCACAAACUUUGUUCAAACACGAUGCUGCUUCCAAAGAGAAGUCGCUCCAUGCCGUUAUUGUGUCCUCACGUGUGUAGUGUAUUCGUCUAUCAUUUUAGUCCAUAAGAAGCAUAAGGAAGAUGAUGCUUUCAGGUAAAAUAAUAAGUCACCUUUUAUCAAACAAUAUUAGUGGCUUAAGUAUGGGGAAUCAAGUUAAUCAUUGAAACCCAUGUAAUAAUAUUGUAUGCAACAUAUUCUCUGUCCAGAAAGUCAAAUGGUGAAUACGCCGGACUUAAGGCACCUUGUAUCUUCCAGUCCACAUUUGCUCAUCGGAGCAUAAUGGAUACCGACUCAGUUUCAGCCUUAAAAAUAGAUGAUUUCACUAAGCUGACCUUAAUACUGCACCUGGAGCUCUGUUCCACAGUUGAAUACAAAUAUAGAUAUGUGAGAGUCAAACAUUAAACAUAGAGUUAUUAAUGUUUUAACAUUAAGAGAUUAGGAUAACAAACAAGACCAGAAUGAGUAUUGGGUGAAGUCUGACAUCCUUGUGCUUUCAUGUUUUUUUUUUAUUGUUAAGUCUAAAUAGAUCAGGAUGGAAUCUGGGAUGCAUGGCGUCCUUGCCCUCAAGACCUUGUUUUUCCAGUGCUUACACUUUAUUCAUGUGGUCAAUAGAAGUAGUCGCUACUAGAGUAUAUUCAGACUUGCGCUGACAGAAAAAUGCAGAAAUCACAACAAAAAAAUAAUAAGUGUCCUUGUUUCUAUGUGCUCAACAUCAGAGUCUGCAUCUGAAUAUGAUUUAUUCUAUGUCAUUUGACCGCUGUUCUUUCAUUGCACACUUGUUCUGUCCUUUGGAGGCUGUGAAUUUUUAAAAUGUGUUGAACACAUUACCGACGUGUCUGUGUCGUCAAUUUCAUGUUUGUAUUGUUGAAUAUCUGAGUGCAAUAAACAUUUAUGAAACUAGUAAAA